UGUUUUUUAUUUUUUUGGUUUUUUAUUUUUAAUCUUUCAUUUGUUCCAUUUUUAAACUGGGCUGCAAUGAAAUGUGUGUGGUACUACCAGCCACCCAGGGUGGUGGAUGGCCUUUUCCCAGGGAGCCAACUUACUCCCCUUACAUCCCGAAAUCCUAUCCCGAUCUUCCAGUACACCUCCCCCUCCCCCCCAAACAAACAACCACCUGGCACGUCACGGAUUUCCAGCCCGGAGCCGCAGCAGCCAGAACCACCUGGAGCGAGGUGGGGGGGCCCCCCCUGCCUCCGGAACAGAUGCAAACCCAUCUUGGGUGAUGGUAAGAGUUUCCGGGCGUGAUCCCCGUCAGCCAGCGUCAUGGCCAGCAAUGUCACCAACAAGACAGACCCCCGCUCCAUGAACUCCCGCGUCUUCAUCGGGAACCUCAACACCCUGGUUGUCAAGAAGACCGACGUAGAGGCCAUCUUCUCCAAGUAUGGCAAGAUCGUGGGCUGCUCCGUGCAUAAAGGCUUUGCCUUUGUCCAGUACGUGAACGAGCGAAAUGCCCGGGCUGCGGUGGCCGGGGAAGAUGGACGAAUGAUUGCCGGCCAGGUGUUAGAUAUUAAUCUGGCUGCAGAGCCAAAAGUGAACCGAGGGAAAGCAGGGGUGAAGCGAUCUGCAGCGGAGAUGUACGGGUCAGUACCAGAACACCCUUCUCCGUCCCCUCUACUCAGCUCUUCUUUCGACCUGGACUAUGACUUUCAACGGGAUUAUUACGACAGGAUGUACAGCUACCCAGCCCGGGUCCCCCCACCCCCUCCCAUUGCCCGGGCUGUGGUGCCCUCCAAGCGUCAGCGUGUAUCAGGGAACACCUCCCGCCGGGGCAAGAGCGGCUUCAACUCCAAGAGCGGACAGCGGGGAUCUUCCUCCAAAUCCGGGAAAUUGAAAGGGGACGAUCUUCAGACCAUCAAGAAAGAACUGACCCAGAUCAAGCAGAAAGUGGAUUCCCUCCUGGAGAGCCUGGAGAAGAUCGAGAAGGAGCAAAGCAAACAAACGGUAGAGAUGAAGAAUGAUAAGUCAGAAGAGGAGCAGAGCAGCAGCUCCGUGAAGAAAGAUGAGACUAAUGUGAAGAUGGAGUCUGAGGGGGGUGCAGAGGACUCAGCUGAGGAGGGGGACCUACUGGAUGAUGAUGAUAAUGAAGAUCGGGGGGAUGACCAGCUGGAGUUGAUCAAGGAUGAUGAGAAAGAAGCGGAGGAAGGAGAGGAUGACAGAGACAGCGCUAAUGGCGAGGACGACUCUUAAGCACAUAGUGGGGUUUAGCACUCUUGUCCAGUUUAUUUCCUUACCUAGGCGCUCGUCUGAGAUGGAACCACCACGAAUCCUCUCCCGUAGUAUCUUCCCCAGCACACGCUCACUGUUCUCUGCCCCUCCCCUGCCCCGCCUGCCCCGGCCCCCGCCCACGUUCACGAAUCCUUCUGCCCUGCGCCUAGCCCCCUUCCCACCCUCCUCCUCCUCCCCAGUAGUUAUGUUAAGUCCCCUGUAAUUUUGCUCUUUUAAUUUUGAUACCUCUUUAUGACUUAACAAUAAAAAGGAUGUAUGGUUUUUAUC